AUGUACAUCGCCGGAUCGUCAAGCGAGUUGGAACCCCCCAGACUCUUGCAACUGCCGCUAGAACACCGCAAGAGUAGAUAUCUCGGCCGUCUCCCUCUCGGUUAUCUACUGGAAAAGCUGGAUCCUGGCCCGCUGACCGGGACCAAUCUGCCGCCACUGACGACCUUUUCUUCUGACGGCAGAGAGCCCCUGCUCUUGCUCUUCUACCGCUGGGCGCUUCAGUCGCUCUUCCUCUUGGCCUUCCUGCAUGAACAGGGGGGCUACCUGAUGGAUUUUAGCUCCAGUACGAUCUGGGUCAGAAAGGAUCUCUUCAUUGCUCUAUCUGGAUUUGUGAAUGCCACGAUUCCUACAGAUGAAUGGCCCUACUCUCCUGAUGGGACUCCAUAUGAAGCCGAAAUCUAUUCACAUGACCCGACCGUUGACGGGGUGAAGGCGUGGGCUCUGCCGACAGAUCCAUUGGACCCAACGGAGAAGCCAGGGGAGCAGGUGAAUCCAUGGGAAUUCCACCAGGAACGGCUGAAGGAGGCCAAGCUGCAGCUAUUAGAAGAGGAGCGAUUGGGUCCGAUCCUACUCAAGGCCUGGAAGGGAGAGUAUGAAAAUGCUCGGGAGAUCCUGCAGGAGGUGCGAUUCUAUCCCGAGAAGAUUGGGGUUCGGAUGGAAGGGGAAGAUGAGGUCCUUCCGGACGAUGGGCGCAAUUGGGAGGAUAUCUUCACGGUUCUGAGGGAAGAUGGCGUCCGCUGGAGUCGAGAGAUUCAAUACCUAUGA